GUCUUUCACCGUCGUAUUCUCACCACCGCAUUCUCCAAUUUCCCAUAGCUACCAUAGCCUCUCACGCUUACCGUUUACAGGAUCCCUCAUGUCUUUUGCCCCUCCGUGCACACAUUUGUGGUUAAAGGUGCUUGUGCACUGGUUUUUAAACCGAAAUAACCUGAGAAACCUUGGGAGGAUAUUGUUCACAAUCGAACCAAUUUCUAUUAAUCAUCACAGGAGAUAUUAUUUUCUUUCCUAAAACAUUCCAUUUGGUGGACACUUGAUUUUCCUUUAUAAUCAUCAUGGGGAAGUCUCUGAAGUGUCCUGGAUUUCGUUUUAAACCUACUGAUGUUGAGUUGGCUAUGUACUACCUCAAGAAGAAGUUAUUGGGGAAAAAGCUUCACCCCGAAGUUAUUGCAGAGAUUAAUCUAUAUGAUUUCAGCCCAUGGGAUCUUCCAGCCAAAUCUAUCUUGAGUGGUGAUCUAGAGUGGUACUUCUUCUGCUCAUAUUCGAAAAAGUAUUCAAGUGGGUCCCGAACGAACCGUUCAACUGAAACUGGUUACUGGAAAGGCACUGGCAAAGAUAGAGAUGUCAAAUACAAUGGAAGAAAGGUGGCAGUGAUAAAGACGUUGAUUUUCCAUGUAGGUCAUGCACCAAAGGGGACAAGGACAAAUUGGGUAAUUCAUGAAUACCGGAUGAAAGACGAGGAUUUGGCUAAUCAAGGAGUUGCUCAGGAGGCGUAUGUCAUCUGUAAAGUUUUUGAGAAAAGAGGUGCAGGACCACAAAAUGGUGCACAGUAUGGUGCACCAUUUGAAGAAGAAGAAUGGGAUGAUGAUGAUGAUGAAGAUAAUGAGACAUCUACUGUUACAUCUUUGGGGGUGGCUACUCCAACUCUGUUGGUGAAUCUUAAUAAUGCAAGCAGUUCAACUCCAUCUACUGUCACAUCUUUUGAAAAUGAGAGACAUAUAGAUCAACCUUCUAAUCAGGAUGACAUGCUGCUUACCCAUGGUGAUGCCGCUUCACUCCUUCAAGAUAACAACACUCAAGAGGUAGAAGACCCCAAGGGGAAGAAAGUGAUGACAGUUUCACUUAACGAAGAUGAUGAUGGUACAUCUGAAGAGUUGGGGCCCAUCAUGAGCAACCUAGAUGAUUUAGGCCAAGAUGCAUUUAACAUGUUUGGCAUUGAUGGAUUUGCUGAUGAUGACGAUAGCCUGGAAUUGGAAUUGGAUGCAUUCGUGCAUCACUACAACAAUCGGACCCUGUGCAGACGACGAUUUUAGACCCUAUGCCGACGACAAGUCGUCGGGAUAGGGUAUGCGACGACAA